AGCAGAGCAGGGAGUCUUCUCGAUUUCGGAAAAGUUUCACGCAGAUAUCUACAUACCACUGCUCUGUCUCGAGGACUGGUUCCUUCCCAAAUGGGUGGCAUCUGGCGUGUGAACCUGGCAGGACAUUUUUGCUGGUGAAUCGUAAAGCUGGAAGUGAAGUGAACACAGGAGCAAUCUAGACGGUGAUAUGGCUUGCAAAAGCUUCACCACAUCAAAAUUCCUUCCAUCCAUACCCAUAGAGCAUAGUGGUUUCUAUAAUAGACAUUGACCAGUGUCGUCAAUAGGCACUAUUUGUGAUGACGCAGAAGCAGAAAUUCGUCGUGUCCGAUACGCUAACUUGAUAAGCGCCAUAUAGAAAUUGACAAAUAUCCCAAUAUCUCGUACCCGCAGCUGUUAUAUAUGUGCGCAGAGUUACUUACGGCUUAGUCAACAGAGCUAGACUAAAGCAAUCGGUCACGAUGGGGCUGAUCGAAUGCCCUGUAUGUACCCUCUACCUCCGGGCCGAUAUGAGCCUGGAGGAACAUCUCGGUACACAUCCAACCGAUAAGGUGAUCAAAGCUUUGGUAACGAUGGCUACCAAAGUGCAAAUGCCAACACCAGCUCCAAGUGCUAGCACAGCGGCUAGCCCAGUGGCUACUAACACAUCGUCACCCAUGGAACUGGCAAUGAUGGCGGUGGCAUCCGGUUCACGACCCCGCACACCUCCGAAUGCCCUGAUGUACCAUACCAGUGGGUAUGAGCCAAUGAAGCAAGCAGCUCCGCCUCCUCCACCGCCACCACCGGCACCAUUGGUGCAAAACUCCGUUCCAACGGCAAUAACGGUCGUCAAAGCUUCCGAUAUGGGUUACCCGAUCAACAAUGUAAUGAUCGUCAAAAGUUGCAGUACGAAAUACGUUCAACAGAUACCACAAACUAGUGGUAGCGGUAGUGGACUUGGAACAUCGCCCGGAACGACGACAAUAUAUCCGACAAGCUCGAUUGAUGGCCGAAAUGUAUUCAUAGAGCAUGAUCGAGGAGGAAGUGGACAUCAUUUGGUGCCUCGGCGGCAAAUAGCACCUACGUUCUAUCCGCGUUACACCAACGAGCGAUACUCAGGUCCUCCUCCUCCAUAUAGUACAGCAAUUACUUCGACCGUCUCUGCCAAUUCUCAGCUGCAACAAGCUUCAAUGGCCGGACAGGUUCCAAAAUAUGAACAAAAACCAACCCUACAGCCACAACAGCCAACAUUCUGUCCAAAUACAGCAUCGCAAUCAUCGGUUGUAGGACAUUUAGCGCCCACAACUACUUUAACGCACCAUCAACAGCAACAAAUUUAUCAGUCACAUCCACCUCCAAUACCUGAAAUACAACAGUCAACGGUUGCAAUCCACCAACCGAUCCAACAGAUGCAGCUACAACAUCAAAAUAUCCUUCAAGCUCAGUACACAGAAAAAGACGAUGGAAACUUUUUAGUCACAGAAAACCCGAAGAAGGUCGUGGAGUAUACAGAAAACGACGAGGGUGACUUCAUGGUGAUUGAAAAGAUCGUCAAAUCUCCACCGAGGAUUGUGCAAAUCGACGAGGAAAUGCCAGAAGCAUCAACGUCUAAGCAACUAUCACAUCUGAAAUCACCCGAUGAGCUAGAGACUAAUGACGAACAGAAGGACGACUACGCGGUGUCGAUCGACGUUGACGAGUCGUAUGAGCAAGCAGACAAGCAGGAUCAAUUGGAAGAAAAUACCAUUGAGAUAAUUGAAAACGAGGACGGAACAUUCGACGACAAUCGUGGAAGCUUUAGCGUCAAAGAAAUGCCCAAACCGAUGCUCAUCAGUAGCAUCGGCAGUUCAAAGAAGUGCAAUAAAUUCAACUUGAUUGUCGACACGACGCAGCAUAAUGCAGGAGCGUCCUCGAGUGGCAUGGUUACACCCAGAAAGAGACCAACCAGUGGGUUGAAGGUGUUAAGCAACGUCAAGGUGACGACGGAUUUGUCCCAAGGCAUCAAGGAUAUUAUCUUGAAUCUGAAUAGCAAAAAUAAAACCGCCACUGUCAGUGGGAGCAGUGGCGGUCCCUCCAGUGGGGAAGCAGUGCCCACUUCACUUAUCGCAGGUACGAAACCAACCGCUGUAAUCAAUAACAAUUGCCAAAACGAGCUUAUAAUUAAUGCCGGCAGUAAUAUGCCUCCGAUUGAUCUCAAUAAUGUCAAUGACAUCGAAAUAAUUAACGAUGACGAGGAAGAGAACCGUUCCGACGAAGAGGAAGAAUGCUAUGUAGGCUCGAUGGAAGUGAAAGCGGCAAGCAACGACGCUUUCCGUCUAGACAAAGAUGCAUUGGAUGUAAGUUCGUCUCAAAGUGCUUCCCGAACAACGCCGACUCCUUCGGUGAUCACAAGCGUCAUACGAAUGACUCCUCACUCUUCGCCGGUAGUCGUUCCGUUAAGUUCACCUCAACCAGCAACAUCAAGCGUUCAAGCCUCAUCAGAUCCCAUUGUUGACCCUGUCGAGACCCGCCACCAACCGGAACCAGCUCCGACUACCACAGAAAUCCAAACACCUGAGAGUUCUUCUACCGAAACCGCCCCAAAACCACAACCCCACACGGCAAGAAAACCCCCACAUAGCGUCGCAUGCUCAUCCGGACUUUUGUUCAACAAACCUCCAAAAAAGUUAACGGUCAAAUUGAAAACUCCGCUUCCACCGGCGCCUCCACCAACCCCUCCGUUAAUUUCCAGCGUCUUUCCGUUGGUACCGAAAACAGAGUAUACUGCAAGCGAUUCCUUGAAACAGGAGUGUCAUCAGAACGACUUUGAGCAACAUGAAGCUCCACCGGUUGGCGUAGAUGAUCUAACAGCGGUGGCCGAAGACACCAAAUACGCAAUUCCGCACCAUGAGCAAUCGGAGAUACCUACCGUAUGCGCAGAUGAAGGACAUCCUUCCUCCUCAAACUCGAGUGAAAAAGCUUCAUCAUCGUCGAAAACGUUCGCAACUUUCAUCAGCACUAAAAUCGAGAAAGAUGCUCAAGUUUCAGAGUCGAUAGUUUACAGUCAGUCUUCGUCAACCAGUGAAAACAGCGCGUGCAAAUUGACGCCAAAUCCUGACUUGGACCAUCAUGGAAACAUUGCAAGUCAGGAAGCACCCAUUCCCAUGUCUACACAGGAAAUGGUUCAAACCACCACCGAAGUCGAAUGCUAUAACAUAACGUUCAUCGACGACGAAGGCGGUGUUCUGAAUAACCUUCCAAGUAGUUCGAGAUCGUUGACGAUACACGAUGUAUACUCGUCGCAAAAUUUGGAAAUUAGUAAUGAUAAUUGCACCACCACCAUCGUGAAGCAAGACGAGGAUGCCGAACAGAAGGCUGGUUGCAAUGAAAGUAAAAUAGAGAUAACGGAAAUUUAUGCAUUAUCGCCAGUUAAUGCAGCACAAGGGUCUAAUGACACCGAAAAUUUACCAUCAACCACUGAUCAGGAUGACUUCGAACCGACAGAUUUAAAGAGCUGCAUUAAAAUUGAGGAAGUCGAGAAGCUUACUCAGAACGAAGAGGAAAUGCCAACUGAUGAAAGCGAAAAAGAAGAAAACGAACAUAAGAUAGCUAAAAGUGAACCCGAUGCUAACGUUAUGUCGUUGCAUGUAGCUGGCAGUAGCAUCUACCAGAAUGAUCAAAAAGACCUUCUCGAGGCUGGACCUUCGAGAGAUAUUAAAACUACAGCUGACAGCAAUAGCGGUAGCGGUGCAGUGCACCAAAAUACCGAAAAUACUGAACCAACAUUCCUCGAGUACAGUGAAGAAUACGAUGAGUAUGUUCCGGUCAGCGGCUACAUCCCGCAGGAACAGAUUCCGCUUUCGUGGGUGCAGAAAUUUAGCCCCCAGUAUACACCGUUCGAUGAUCAGAACUCCUACAUGGAUCUGGAUAUGUGCAGCAGUAAGACAAAUUCCAACAGCGUCGGGGAAAAUACGGCCAGUAGGGGCAGUGGCAGCGGAAGUCACGGCAGCCGAAUCGACAACAGUAUGGAUCGGGCUCCGUCGGCCGAGAGCCUGAAUAUUAGAACGGACGAAAAAAUGCCCGCCAAAGGUGAAAUCUCGGAACAGGAAAGCAAUGGUGAUAUGGAGCUGUCCUGGAAUAGGAUGUAUCCAGUUCACGAAAACAUCCCGAUCUAUCCGAGUUCGUACGAUUUGUCCACGGCGCAGGAAUGCUGGAACUUGAGCAACCGCCAUUCCAACGCGCAUAACACCAGCAACAGCAGCAGCAAUGCCAGCAACCAUAAUCACCCGCACAUGGCAGGACCAUCGUCGUCGAGUUCAAACAUGGCAUCAUCCGCACACCAUCAUCAAGCACAUGGGUCGUACCAUCAGGGACACCAAUCGCACGGCAUGAGUUUCCAUUUCGCCCAACAUAAUGAAAAUCGGACUGACGUUGAGGAGCAGAUAGAUGAUAAAUCCAAAAUUCGGUUAGAAUACGGAAUCAGCUGUGUAGGUAGCUAUGGAAAUGUUGCUCCAAGUAGUAGUGGUGUAGCGAAUGAUGAUGCGACCAGAAAGCUGGUCAAAAUCCGUACUUAUCGCUGUACGGAGUGUCCGAAAUCUUUCGCGACUUUGAAACAACGGCGUACUCAUAUUCUAUCGGAGCAUGAAGCAGAAUUGAAGGUCAAUGUUCUGGGAGCGGGUUCGGCAACGGUUACAUCCGGAGCGUCUUCGACUGUAACAUCCGCAACGGCGCUGGGAUUCUUUUCGAGUCCUGCUACCUCGGCUGGGGAAGGAUGUAGCACUUCGCUGCUGAACAAGAAAAUAAAGAUCGAACCCCAGCCGGUGCUCAUGAGUUACAGUUCGCUGAAGCAAGAAUUGGAGCAGAAACAGGAAGGAGGAGAGAUUGCUGGACCAGCCGGUGGUGUUGUAGCGGGUAGUAGCAAUAGUGGUGGGGAAAUACGUCGAAAACGUACGUAUGUUUGUGGCACGUGCAAGCAUGAGUUCGAUAGAUUUAAAUUGUUCAAUGCUCAUCUCAUGAUACACCCGGCUGAAUGUUACACUUGUGGAAGAAGCUUCAAGCAUUGGCCAAACUUUGCUCUACACAUCAAACGGCACUUGGGUAUCAAAGAUCAUCAAUGUAGACUUUGCGGGAAGAAGUUUGUAAUCAAGCAAAAACUUAUCGAACAUAUGAGAGUUCACACAGGAAAGGCACCGAUCAAGUGCCCCGACUGUGAUCAGCACUUCCGUCGGUUCUCGAAUUUGGCUCAACACCGAAACCGACACCAUUUGAAUAAGGUUCCUUCGAAGAAAGAUUUUGUAUGUCAUUGCGGAGAAGUAUUCCAAUCGAAAGCCAAGAUGGAGUGGCACAAGGAGAUUCAUGAAAACAAGCCAAAAAGUUGUCCCUUCUGUCGGGAGAAGUUUAUCCAUAAAAACAGUCUAACCAGACACAUACGUUUGUCGCACACGGAAAAGUACGUGAAACUUGAAACGGCAACCGAAAUGUGCACCCUUUGCAAUCAACCAUACAUCAAAACCAGCAUGAAGCGUCACAUGGAAACGCACAACACUAAUGAACGGAUGGCUUUCUCCUGCACGAUAUGCAAUAAAGUGUUCAGCACCAACUGGAACCUGAAGCAGCACAGAUGGACGCACGCCAAUCCAACGCUGAAACCGUUCCAGUGCAAUGUCUGCUCGAGUGGUUUCGUUCGUGAGGCUGACUACAUCACUCACAUGAACGCCCACAAAUCCAUACGACCGUACACGUGCAACCACUGCGGGUGCCAGUUUAUCCGCAAAUAUAACUGGAUUCGACACACCCGCGAACACGAAACAGACAAGAACUACACCUGCGAGAUCUGCGGUCGCAAGUUCCACCGGAAAUACUAUCUUACCGAACACAAGCGGAUACACACCGGUGAGCGGCCGUUCUCGUGCAACAUUUGUGGCAAAACUUCGUCCACCAAGACGAACCAUAACAAGCACAUCAAGAUCCAUCACGCCCGGGAUCCAUUGACAGCGGAAGGCUAAAUUUUGCAAAACCACCAAUAAUUCCUGGGAUAGUGUUCUCGUGUUAGAAUAUCGCGUUAUAAUGCCGUACUACUACAUUUAUUACCAACGCAAAUUUGACCACAAACAAUUCUUGUUUUGUUUUUCGUUCUCUCGGAAAAUCGACUAACUAGCAAACAUCAUUAUGAAGUUACUCUUUUUUGUUUGAGCAAUUUUCUUUGCAUUUUGCGUGGUUGCUCCAACUAGCGACCAUUCAAGAAUCAGUUAUUGGUACAAUGAAAGGUUUUGUUUCUCACGGUAGACGACGAUAUGAAAUCAAAAAUAGACAAAAUAGUGUAUAACAUUAUUUAUUUUAGCAUAAAAUUCGUUUUACUAAAUAAUUACGAUACGCAUUCUGUAAAAGCAUGCCUGAUCAUAAGGAGGAUAAAUAUAUACAAAGAACUGAUUUGCUAAACACAGAAAUUUUAGAACGAUAGCUUCAAUCUUCAGAAUAUUGAUCUUUUAUUACGGUGGUAAAAGUAAGUCUCCGCGUUUUAAGGUGGUUUGAUUUGGUUUAGAAAAAAAAUGAAUUCGUCGAUCCGCAGCAACCUGCUAUUUCGUUCAGUAAGCUGAUAUCAGCUUGUGCAAUAAUUAUUACAAAAAAAUUCUGCGAAUUUAUACCUAGUUAAUACGACAUUUUACAAAUCCUACAAUACAGCAAAAAAAAACACUAAACAAGUCACCGAUAGGAAACAUUCAAUUCCGAAAUAAUAAAAGUUUCGUAUUAUUCUAUCAAAAUAAAA